AUGGAGGUGUUCAAGACGAGUGACCUCACCUUCGCGACCCGCCCGAGCGGUCCCACGCUGGACAUCGUCAGCUGCGGGGGCAAAGGCUUGGCCUUCGCGCCCUAUGGCGACCACUGGCGGCAGAUGCGCAAGCUCUGCAUCAUGGAGCUGCUCAGCGCACGGCAGGUGCGCCGGAUGGACUCCAUCAAGCAAGCCGAGGUCACACACCUCAUGGAGUCGGUGGCUACCGCGUCUUCUGCCUCGGCGUCCGCCAUCAUCGACAUUGGCAAGGAGCUGGCCAGGCUGACAAACAACAUCAUCGCCAGGGCGGCGUUUGGCGGCAAGUGUCGGCAGCAGGAGGCGUACCUCCGAGAGCUCGCCGUGUUGGCUUCGCUCGUGGGAGGGUUCAGCCUGGUGGAACUCUACCCGUCGUCGCGGCUGGUGCGGUGGCUGACGGGUGAUUCCCGCGACCUGAGGAGGAGCCACGCCCGGAUACAACGAAUCCUGGCAGAUAUCAUCCAAGAGCGCAAGGAGAAGAAACAAAAUAAUGCCUCGGCUACUGCUACCGCUACUGGUACUCCUACUCCUACACCUAAAGAGGACGAAGACCUGCUGGACGUGCGCCUUAGGCUGCACGACGAAGACACUCUCAGUUUCCCUUUGACGUCGGAGAUCAUCGAGGCCGUCAUCUUUGAAAUAUUUGGAGCUGCUACGGACACUACAUCUUCCACCCUAGAAUGGGCUAUGGCAGAACUCAUCCGCAACCCACACGUAAUGGCAAGGGCCAAACUCGAACUCCAGCAGAUGCUCGGACACCACCGCAGGUCCACCAUCACCAGCGCAGACCUCGGCGACCUGCACUAUCUUCGGAUGGUCAUCAAGGAGACGCUAAGGUUGCACCCCUCUGUGUCACUGAUACACAGGGCGGCCAUGGAGGAUUGCCAAGUGAUGGGCUACCACAUACCCAAGGGCACCUCCGUCAUGAUAAACGCCUUCGCGGUUGGCACGGACCCGACACACUGGGGUGAGGAUGCCGCGGAGUUCAGGCUCGAGAGGUUUGAGGAGAUGAGUGUGGAGUACUUCAAGCAAGGGCCACAGAUGGAGUUCAUCCCGUUCGGAGCUGGUCGUAGGCAGUGCCCUGGAGCGUUGUUCGCGAGCACGACGAUGGAGCUUGUGCUGGCAAACCUCCUGUACCACUUUGACUGGGCGAUUCCGUGUGGGGCGGGCCCAGAGACACUGGACAUGGGCGAGGUGUUUGGGAUCGUCCAUCGUCGUGCAAACUAG